CUCGCGAUCUCAAAACAUCUCACACUCAUCAGCUUCAUCUUAGGACUGUAGAAGAAAGUGACCCAUCAUCCAGCUACCAUGAAGACUGUUUUGGCUCUGCUUGGGCUUUUUUCUCUGGCAUACAAUAGUGAUGCUCUGAAAUGUCACACAUGCGUGGCGUCAAGCGAGGAGGACUGCAACAAGCAGGGCUCCACUUCGUGUCCGCAGUAUGCCGAUGCCUGCUCCACCAUCACAGGGCCGAACACUGUAAUGAAGUCAUGCACAUACAAGGCCUUCUGUGACAAAGCGCAUGGGAGCAGCUCAGGGGCCAAGAUAGAGUGCUGCUUUGGUGACGACUGUAACGGUCCCCACCGGAGCCACCACCGCAACGCCUCAGGGGCAUUGUCUACUAGCCCAGUGGUGCUGAUCACCUCCCUGCUGCUGCUGCUGCACAAUGCCUUCAGUCAGUUCUGAACUCCUCUAGAUUCCCUUUCACCUCACACCUCCUCUUCAUGUGUUUUUACUGAUAAUGUCAUCAAUCCAAUUUCAAAAGAAAAUCUGAAGUGCAGAGAGUGUUUGGCGGUUUCAGAGCAAGAACUUCAUCUUAUGAUCAUGGUGGUGCAUAAAAAGGUUCUCUCACUCAUUUGCAAACUGCAUUUCAACAGCUUUAAUUGUCUCAUAUUAAACAUAAAUUAUUUAUUUUUAUUAGUUGCACAAUGAAAUGAGAUCCUUCUACAAAGUAAUGUCUGAACCUGGGAGUGUUUAUGAUGAAUAAAUUUGUGAAAAGUAAAGAACUCCUACUCACAGUGCAGACAGGGGGUGGCCGGUGUGGUUUCGGCAGGCAGACGGCUCACUUCGCAUUAC